UGGUCUUAUAUAUUGUCACAUAUAUUUUACUGUAUCGAACUUUUUUUUGUGAUUUUUGCUUCUCUAUUCAUAAGUCUAUUCUAUCCAUUCCACAAAUACGAAUCUAUAAGGCAUUUUACUUGUAGAAUGAAAACUCUGGUGCUGAUACUUCUUCUUGGAGUAUCUUUAAGUCAAGAAUUAAGGUCUGAUCCAGCUCCUAUUAUUUAUCCUGGUCAAGUUAAUAUUGGUUUUGUGUCCAAUAUUCAUGGUCCACCAGAAAAUGGCACCGACGGUUGUGGACCUUUGCGACCAGAGGCAGUGCAGAGAGCCAUGGCUGCAGUGUGGGCAGCUCAUCAAGCAAAUUUCAAGAAGGACGAUCCUAACGAACUUAAUAUUGGGGUUUAUAUUUUUGACACCUGCGGAAGAGAAGAUGUAGCUGAAAGGCAGGUGUACAGAUUGUUAGGCCACGUAGGACAUGUGCAGACUGCUGAUUGUUCGGAAAAAAGAAUACCUCCUCUUUUUGCUGUGGUUUCUGAAGGUGCAUCAAAUUAUCUGGAAGUACCACUUAAGUUGUUAAAUGCAUUUUCUGUACCAGUCAUAUCUUCAUCUGGUCCUCCAUUGCCAGAACAAUUAUUAAGCACUGCGCCGAAUACUGAAGCACUGGCUAGGGCUGCGGUCAACGUCCUCAGACAGCUUCGAUUAUUGGAAGUAGCUGUCAUGGCUGAAGAUGACGCCCCAACAGGAUUGUUUGGUGAUUUUUCUCGUCAAGCUCAAGUGUCUGGGAUGGACCCCAUAUCUGUAGACCAACCAGACGAAUCAAAUCAUAGUGAAGAGGAUUUUUUGACUACUCUGAAAAUGUUAGCUACAAGUGGAAAGUCCAACAUAAAAGCAGUAGUCUUUUUGGUGAAGUCGGAUGAAGCUUUAAAUCUACUGAACUUAGUGGAUGACAAAAGCCUUCCCCAAUUACCGUGGUUGAUUGUCACUCCCAGUGACAUUACUUCCACUAUAAAGAAGACAUUCAGAAAAGAACAGUUACAAAGACUCCAAAAGGUUUUGUUGCUGUCUCCACAAUCAACGGAUAUUCCAGAAUUCGAUGAAUAUUUUCAACAACUGCUGGAUGAAGAUACCAUAAAAUAUCAUCCAUUGCUGAUUGAGUUCAUGCAGCUCGUUAACAAAACUCAUGCAGCUGAAAAUGACGACCAACUUCUUACCAAUUUUUAUUCCACAUCGGACGAUUCUAUGGGCAACACCAGUUGGAGCAACCCGAUGAAUGAACAAAAGGAACAUAAACUAUUUGUUCCAGCUGAUGUAUCUUCAACUGUAAAAGCUGUUUGGACUCUGGCUGCUGCCCUAAAGACUGUUCAGAAACGCUCUUGCCGAAGAGGUACAGAUUGCCUUCUUUACUUGAGAAGAACCUUAAGUGCUUAUGUUGCUCGAGCAGCUUUCAAUCUGGAUCACGUGGUGCAACUUGAUACAGAGAGCCUUAAAGGGACCAGGCUGAAGUUUGAAGCUUCUGGAACCCUAGCCUCUGUGCAUUAUGCCCUCAGAGGAUUCGCAAACUAUGGAGAAGUCAUUGAUGUUGGAUACUACAGUGACGAAGAUGGCUUAACAGUUGAUCACAAUGUUCUGAUGCCUUUCAAAGAUUUCGUAUUCAUAAAGCCACUUUCCACAUCUGAAUCUUCGGAGUCAGACAAUAGAUCCGAAACAUCGAUGAAAUCGGAUGAUAUCACCUUUUUCGAUUCAAUCAUGAAACUUAACUCUACCGAACUCUUACCCCAGGAUAUAACUACUUUGCAGCCUGAGCAAGAUCUGGCAAAAUGGGACAUUUUAGAUUCCAGCGCAGAGGAGGCAGCUAAAAAAAAUAAACGAAGGAAAAUAUCAAAAGCAACUACAACUGCACUGGAUACAGAUACCGAUCUUGUGAUUGCAUUAAAUGAUGAUGAAGGUCUUCAAGUUCUCACCCAUGACAUCAAUAGUACUCUUAAAAAUGAAGGUGGUGUGGAAAAGAAUUUGAUUGUUGGUCCCGCAUAUAGCGGUCCUUCUGUUGAUUCAUCUUCCUCUAACUUUCGUUCCAUCUCACUUACAAGUCACGAGGAACCGAAAAAUAAUGAUGCUUAUAGAGCAGAACCUGCUUCUCGUUCUGACCGCAGAAUAGAUGAUUCGCCCUCAGUUUCUCCCACAUCAUCUGAAGACGUCAAGCGAGUAAAAGCAAGCAGCACUCGUCAUAUUUCUGCCUGGUUAGCUCGCCCCUGGGCUCUAUCCGUUCUUGGAGUUUGUGGAUUCCUAAUCCUUGCCACCCUUUACAUAUUGGUCUUUCUUAUGGUCAAAGCAUGUGAAGGCUCUUUGAAGAAGACCAAUUGCUGUUUAGCAGGAACGCAGCUUGUGGCUCUGUUGUGCCUGUACCUAGCAGCAGCUUUGUUCACAUGGAAGCCUUCACCAUUGAUUUGUGGCCUUCGAAGAUUGAUGCCAAAUGUUAGUUUAGCUUUCUGUUACGGAUGUCUCCUAUUGAAAGGAAUGUAUCUGAGGGCACAGAACAGCCUCGGACUCGGAGGAAGCGUUAAUCGAUGCAAUCAAAUCUUGACUCUCAUCUUCGUCGUUGGUGUGCAAAUAGCACUCGAAGUUCAGUGGUGGCUGGUCCACCCUCCUGCUCUGUCAACGGAGGCCUUUGAGUGCCUCAUUGGAAAAACCGAAAUUUUGCAAUCGCAAGUUUACAUUGCGUUCCUUCUUCUGCUUGCAACAGCCAUGUCAAUAUCAAACAGAAGAAUUCCUUACAACCAACAAGAAAGUAGGAGUCUUAUAGCUACUUCUUUAUCCUGUUUGGUGAUAUUCCUGUCUUGGGCCAUUGCUUGCUGGCUUUUACCAGAUUCAGGAAGCCGAAAUAUUGCUGCGCCCUCUACACUGAUGGCAACAGCUUUAACAGUUCUCCUGGGAAUUUUCGGUCCACAACUCUUUGCUAUCCAUAAGUACGGAGGUUUCCCUCAUAAACCCCUUUCCUAUGCAGAUUCAUUGUCAACAGUUUUCACCAUGUUCAAAGACCUUGAUAAUGCUUCGAGUGGAGGUACGACUGCGAGAGGUAGGAAAAAUGCUAAGACAUUAGAAACCCCAUUUGCUGGCGAAAUGAGCGAAGGUACCCGGAACCCUCUUUACAACGAUUACCAAUCGGCUUAUCCUUAAAUUUCAAUUGAAGACGCCUUGGCGAUAAUAGAUUUACAAUGGAAGAAUGUGAUGUUUUAUUCCAGCCAUUACUGAUAAUGACUAAAAUUCAGUGCCCUCUGCUAUAUAUUUAUUCCAAAAUGCUGCUGAAUCGUGGUGUUGUUUCUCCGAAUUCGUAAAAGAAUAGGGUAUACAUUUCUUGGGGAUGUUAAUAAUAAAAUAUUUUCUUCGUAUCAACUUCAACUCCUGCAUUAUCGUCAAGAAAUCUCCAAGAAAACGUUUAUUUGUAACUGAGGAAUGUUGGCCUAUCAUUAUUUGACUUAAAAUGAACUGAAAUAAUUAAUAUUGCCUUUUUGAAUCUGAGAAGUUCAUGAAAAGGGAGUAAAAAUGCGUCGGUACGAAAUUAUUUAUCAUUGCAUGAAGUGACAUGGAUUUAAUGCUUAGACAGAAUACUAAAAAUUCAAAUGAUUAUUAUUAUUUAUUUUCUUUAAACGUUUUUUUUGCGAAAAUUACUUUAUGAUGUUUUGUUUAAUAGAGGUAAACAAUUAAAUGAAAAAAUGUAAAUCAAAAAAUUACUAACUCUCGUAAAAACUCAUCAGAAGGAACAAAUUACACAUUUAAUGGAACUUGCAAAAAAAUCCUUUACCUUUAUUUCGUCUUCUAAAGGAUCUAUUUAAGGAAAAUACAUUCUGAGAAAACAAAAACUUAUUUUACUCAGAUACAUGAAUAGAAAAGCAUAGGUGCAUUAAUUAUGUUUCUAGAAGUAAAAUAAAUUUGAAUUCAUACCUAAUAUUAUCGUUUUAGGUUAGGUGUAUAAGAACUUAUUAUUUGAUCUUCCACUUCAAGAGAAUAUCAUGCAAUUUUAUAAAAAAGUAAUAAAAUCAUAAAUUUUCGAAAAUAUUUUCGCACGUACGUGAUUUUGACCUAUAAAUAGAGGUUGUUAUAGACAUUAACAAAAGAAAUAUAUCUAAAGAAAUGUAUGCAAAUGGCAUAUCCCGAAAAUUUAUUGUUAUUUUUGUAUGAUUUGGAAAUUGCUUAGUUAUCUUAAUCCUAUGCAAAGUGCUUUUUAUGAAAGCAAAUAUUCAUGCAGUAUCAAUUAUCUCCUUCUUAUGCAAAGUGCUUUUCAUGAAAACAAAUAAUUCAUAAAGUUUAAGAUAUUAUUAGUUCUCAUAUAUUUCUCUGAGGCGAAAAGAAGUUGAUACUGGGAUAUCGAAUAAUUAUCUAAAAAAAAAAUCACGUGAUCUUAUUGUUGUGCGUUCUCUUUUGGGGAAUAACUCUUCUAUCUUUUGUUUUGGGAAAGAAAAUGAUCGAAGUUUAUGUUAAAGUGCUAACUAUUUAUGAUAAAAAUGCUACUUUUUAUGAGAAAAACUGUUUAGUAUUAUAAGUCUUUCAAUAUUUCAAAUGGCUGCUAAGACUUAAGUUCAAUACAUAGUAUAUUGAAAACUAUUAGCAUCAGGUGUGUUAACCUGAUAUCGUGUGUCUCAGCAAACUCUUCAUCUCAAAACAACUCUGAGGUAACUAGGACUGUGAAAUCAAGGUUAUUGUGUAGUGAUAAAUAAACCCUGAAUUGAUGGCCUUCAUCCACUUGCUCAAAACUUCAGAUCGUAAUGGUUACUAAUUUGUGCCUUAUUUUAUAUCGUUAAUAAUUUACACUAAGGCAAGCUACACACGGGGGAGGCAAGCAUUAACUAAGAGACAUACAAGAGGCAGAUUCCCAUGCUUUUGCAUAAGCAUGUGUACAUUACCUCUGCGCAUUCUAACGCAAAAUUAUUGGAAUUCGCAACCUGUAUGCUAUCUUACACAUGACCUCCUCAGUGUGUGGCCUGCCUUUAAGACUACAUUGUCUUUUUUUCUUUUUAAAAAAUUUGAAGUGCAUUAUAUGAAGCAGGAUUUGUGCGCAAUAUGUUUAAAAAAAAAUGGCUGUUCAUGUUUUUGUUUACGUCUGAAACGUUCGAAUUAUGUUGAUGUUUUCUUUUGCACCAGAUUUUGUUUGUCGUCGUUCAUCCUUGUUAAGUAUUUCACUGUCGCAAAUGACAUUUAUUUAUAUUUUAAUUAACUGUGUUAGAAUUUUUAAACCUCACACGAAAUUUUAACUGCAUUUAUUAUUUUCUUUUUGUCGUUUUUAACUGCAAAUCACUUGUUCUAAAUUUUGCAAUUUUUUCCAUUACUCUUCAUGGGUUGAUAUUAAGUCCAUAGCUAUUUUUAACUUUACAAUUCGCUAUUUUUAGAUUACUGUAAAACAUGUACAAUUGGGAAAUUAAAUGUUUGCUUGCAAGUUUUUUUUCUUUUGGUUUUGGCAAAUCUCAUAUCGAGAUAAAAUAUAUUUUUUAUGGGGCUAUUGGACUUUCUAUAUCAAGUUAACCCUAGGUAAGUUAGAUAAAAAGUGUGACGAUUUUAAAACUCAUCCUCCCACUCUUAGCUCAUAAUUUAUAAAUGAAAACAUACAUAUUUUUAUAAUGUCUUUAUUUAAUAUUAAUUAAUUAAAAUUAAUUAAGAGACAUUUUAUUAUAUUUUUCCUUUGAAAUAUGCAAAAUGGAGAAAAUAAAUUAUUGCCGUUUUUGAAAGUGUGAUUUUUUUAUAUAGUGUUUAAAACUAUCAAUAAUCGAUUGUGUAUUAAUCGACUAUUUAAAUAUCUAGGGUCAACUAUACUAUACCUAAACUUAUUAAUAGUUACUGCGAAGCUAGUAAGAAAAUUAUUUUCACUCUGUAGUUAUAGCUGUUUUUAGUGAAUCAAAUGUUGAAAAAUAACGCAGACAACAUGAUAUUUUUGAUAUCAUUUUGUACAUAUUUCUGUAAUAAUGUUGCAUUUAUUAUUUAUUUAUAAUCUGUAAUACGGUUUGUGAAUGAAUUCCUUUCACAAUCGUUAUUCUGAAUGUUUUAUUGUAUUUGUUUGCAUGCUUUUAAAUUAGUUAAUUCAAUUAGUUUUUCUUGCAAACAAAAGAGUUAAUGUUUUUCACAAAAUAAAAAAAAAUCUUCCUUUUUGUGGAAAAUUUUAAAAAACUAUGCUUGAACUAGUGAUUAAAGAACACCAUGCAAGAUUAAAAUCAGGUUGUUAAAAUUGAUCCGGUAACAUUCUUUAAAGAAGUGAUAUUUGUGAGAUAUGGAGUUGAACAGUUGGUCCUCAGAAACGGUUUGUUAUCUUCUACCGAAAAUAAGGUUCUGAAAUUGUGCUUGGCGAUAAUUUAUUUGUGGCAUUUAUACAAAUACUUGAUAUUGCUUUAUUCGGAUUAAGUAGAGAUUUCAAAUUUGAGAUUGGUUUUGCUCCUAAAGCUACAGACUUGUUUUUAAAAUGGAAGUUUUAGUCUAUUUUUUGUUGAACUAUACAAGUUUAAAAAUGUUAUAUUUAGCAAUAAUGUCGUGUAAAUGUUGCAACAAACAUUGAGGGAAGUUAGGCGUCUAGAGGUGCUUCUCUAUUAUGACCUGUUCAGAAGCGCACGAAGAAACAGCUCAUAAUAGAGAAGCGGACCUAGUUUAUAACGACAUUUCCGGGUAUAGGUUUUUUUGCAAUUUUUAUUAUAAUGAUGUGCCCUAACUCCCCUUGAAAUUUUUUGCAAUAUUUAUGUCACCCCCUGUCAUAUAUAACGUUUGUAAACUUGCACAUUUCGGCAAAAAAAAGACUAAAAUGUCAUUUAAAACGAAAAAGAAAACAGAAGCUCGAAAAGAGAAACUGAUUGCAGAUUUGAAAUUAGUGUUUCGAAAGUAUCUAAGAUUUGUUAAAAAAAAUCUCAUGCAACAAAAUAAUUAAGCAAAAAGUAAAAUAUAAUAAAAAAUAAAAUAAAUUGUUUUCCAAUGUAAUUAAUUACAUUAUAAAUGAACAAUUUUCGCUUCUUCUGUCUUUAUUAAUCAAUAAUUUAAAUCCUGAAUUGACAUAUUUUAAAGCAUGCGAGGAUAAUAAAAAUAUUGUAUUUUUGUUGUAGUUUUUUAAAGAAGUGUGUUUGGUAUAUGUCUUUUAAAUUAAAGCAUUUUUCAUCAGUCACUGGUAUGUUUUUAAUUUGUAUAUUUACUGAACUCUUUUCCGUAUAUUUGCUAAACUUGCAAGCAGACAGCUUAAUAAAGCUUUUUACAAUUUA